CUCUACCAUCGCUACUCGCUAGUAAUGAUUAGAAUGCCUCUGAAAAAUACUAAGUGCGUGACUGUUGACGGUUCGACGGUUGUUUGACAUCAAGCGUAGUUGAGAGCAAGUUGAGACGUAUAUACACGGUGUCUUCACAUUCCAUUCGCUCGCGGGAAAUUCUUACGACAUUUUGCUCCGUGUGUGAGACGAUCUUGAGAUAUCAAAAAUGCCGAAGUGAGGACGGUUAUAACUAGAAAAGAUUUGACGGAGCUUGUAAAUUUGAUCCUCGGAGGUGACAAUUUUGGAAAGUGCAUGGCUGAUUGCUGCUGAUUUUUCAUACUUGGUUCCUACAUGGCUCGCACUCAUACCAAUCUUCCCGUGUUCGAAAUCGGAAUGCUAGUUUGAAUAAUAAACACGGAGUAAAACGAUGGCGACACCUAUGCAGCGGUAGAUUCCGUAUCGUCGCGCCUCUCCGCUCCAGCUGCCUACAUAUGUAACCAAUCACUCAGUAGCUUGCCUGUUUUCGUACUAUGGUUUCGCGUUCUUUACCAACAACUCGCGUCCCUACGUGUUGUACGGGUUAUUUUCUGUUUAUGGAUUUUCGCCCUCGGCGACAGGGGUUUUGCUGAGAUUCUUUUUUUCUCUCUCAAAUAGACCAUGUCAAAGAAUAAACUCCACCAUCGCGUGGACAACGGCAUCGUCGAAGUGAAGAGUAAGUUUGACGCUGAAUUCAGAAGAUUCUCGCUGAACAGAAAUGAAACAAUUAGAUAUGAGGACUUUAAAAAUCUUCUGGCAAAGUUACACCAAUUGGAUGCAGAUUUUAGUUUUUUAAUCUCAUACACGGACCCAAGAGAUGGAGAUCUACUUCCUAUAAACAACGAUGAUAAUUUGGGUAGAGCGCUGCUUACUGCUAAGCCAGUCCUCAGAAUCAUCAUUCAACGCAAAGGGGACAGUUUGGAAGAAAUGAAUGGGUAUGGAACCAUGAAACCACGGAAUUUAAUAUCAAGUAUUUUAGGUGGAACACCUGGGAAACCAAAAUCAUUGGCAAUAUCGAAUCCCCAUGAUUUCAGACAGGUUUCCGCUAUCAUCGAUGUGGAUAUUUUGCCAGAGACGUGCAGACGUGUUCGGCUUUUGAAGCACGGUUCAGAUAAGCCUCUCGGUUUUUACAUCAGAGAUGGGAGUAGUGUGAGAGUAUUACCCCCUUCCGCUGGUGGAGGAAUUGAGAAAGUACCAGGAAUAUUUAUCAGUAGAUUGGUUCCUGGUGGCCUUGCUGAAAGUACAGGCCUUCUUGCAGUGAAUGACGAAGUGCUGGAAGUAAACGGAAUAGAAGUAGCUGGAAAAACUCUAGAUCAGGUAACUGAUAUGAUGGUGGCAAAUUCAUCGAAUCUGAUAAUAACGGUGAAACCAGCCAAUCAGCGAGGUGCCUUGGCUGCCCCAAGACGUGGUUCAUUUUCUCGUAACAGUCAACUUUCGUCGGGCAGUCACCAAUCAACACAGAGCGCAGCAACAGGCAGUGACGAAGAUGCUGAUGAAAUUGUAGAUUUAACUGGAGUAACACUACAUGAUGAUGCAUCAACUUCGCAUCAUCAACACCCACAUCACCACCACCACCAUCAUCACAACCACUUCAAUCAUGACCAAGGUGUAUUGCAUCUUUAGGUUGAGAAGUGUACGGUAUAUAUAGCAUCGAUAAGCAAAUUAGAUAAAUUAAAGGAUCGGCUAAAUAGAGGAAGCAAAAAGAAAAUCAGUGAUGGUAAAUUAUAGGUAGAAUGACAAAAAUUUGCGAGAAAACUGUUUGCUACAUUUCUAUUCGAACAAUCAGAGAAGGCAUCUAGAUUUUCUUCUCCUUUAUUGAAUGUAUAUAGUACAGACGGAUUCUACUUCAUGAAUCUGUUGGUAAAUUCGAUAUGAACAAGGAAAGAAUGGUUACAUUUCUUUUUCUAGAAUGAGGGAAGGAGCAACAAUGUAUGCAACAUUCCACGCACUGAAUUCACAGUUACCUGUGAUUGUUAGUCCCGAAAUAAUACAUUUGGAUACUUGCGCACGUUGAUAAAUAUGACUGAAAUAUACAGGUCGAAAAGUCUUAUUCCUUAUAAAGUAAAAACUUGUUACCCCGGUUUUUUUUCGCAAGUUCCACAAAAUCAGUGCAAAUUGUCGACUUACAUCAUGAAUUAAGAUUGAUAGUAAAGAGUAGUUUGGUAAAUAGAUUCACGUUUGGCACAAGAUUUUUUCACUCGAUAUUUAUUAUCGUUCGUAUCAGGCGAUUAGGCGGCCUUUUUCGAAACCUAUUGUACAUAUAACGAAGGUGCGAAUAUAUGUUUUGAUUUUUAAAGGAAUAAUAUUAGAAUUUUGUAAGAUAUGAAACAUUGAAUAAUUUCAAAUUAUUCAUAUUCGUUAUAGGAAAUAUUUGAAAUAGAGUAUUAGAUUGAGGGGGAAAUGAAUACAGCACAUAUCUGGUAUUCCGGAUGUAGUACUUACAAAAAUUUGUCUGAUGGAACACAGUAUGAAACAAAGUCCGUGGCUAUAUACGGCUAAGUUCAGUAUUUCAUGGGAUACCUAAUUCCCUAAUUAAACUUGACAAAAGAUACAAAAAUAUAUAAAUUAGAAUUACUUGUGCAGAAUCACCUAUUAUAUUUGAAUUAUGAGUUUUAUACACAAUUCUGAUUUAAUGGGCAGCUCGAAAAGCGAAUGAUAAUUUUAUUUUUAAAAAUACAAGCGACCAUGAAAUACUAUAGAAUAGUAUUUUUAUAUAGAUAAUUAUUCAUAGAUAUUAAAGCAAUUUCCCUAUUUAAAUGGUAAAGAAAAAAAAAUUAAUAUUACGAAUAGUAUGCUAUAAUACAAGUAUUAACGAAUGGCAGCAUUUCAACGUAAGCGUUGGACACAUAUUGAAAAGUACUUAAUUGUUUAAACUUGAAGUGUACUUAAAUACAUUCUAUACACCAUGUAGAAUUUAGGUGAACCUAGAGCAAUUUAAUUGAGUAUGAAAAGUAAAAAAUCGCAGUAAUUUACGACUUUUACAAUACCUACGUGCCUAAUAAAAUAACUGUUGAAGAUUUAGUAGUAUAAACAUGAAAGUUUAACAACUAAAUAAAUUGUUAUAUUUUUUGUGAGAGUUUUCCAGAACAGCAGUUUGCAAUAGGAUUUUUAUUUGACAUACUGUUACAAUAAAACAUAAUAUUCAUCUCAUACUUAGAUAAUUAUUAAUUGAUCUUAAUAUUAUGGAAAUGUAUAUAAUCCAAAGGAAGUAUUUCUUUUACUGAAACAUACAAUAUAAGAGGCCUUAAUCAACAAUAAGAAUUGUAAAUAAAAUUAACUAUAAUUCAUGAUUUCAUUAAUUGUAGAAGAAUUUUUAUUCUUUUAUUGUAAUUCGACUUCUCGUUAAAAAUAUGAGUCGUGUUCUUCUUGUAUGUAAACCAUUCCAAAUAUUACUAUUUCUCUGAUAAUCUUUUACAAUAAUACAUUUCAGCACGCCUAUUCGUGUAACCUUGGUUUUUAAACUACGUAUGUCGAGUGUUGAAGUUUUUGAAGUUUAAGCCCAUUUUUUAUAAUCGUUACUUGUUGUCUGAUUUAACGAUAGUACAUUGAAUAUUGAUAAUAUGUUUAAGAGAUCAAAUAUCGACAACUAAUCCGUAUGCUUUCACGCGUUGUACUCCAGUUUAUUAACUGCCUUUUUCGAUCAGUAAUAAUUUUUCAACAUAGGUAGUAAGUUCUUCUAACAUUCCCAAAUAUGCCGAACAUUCCACGUCGUGAAAUUUUGUUAAACUCUCGAGAAUAUGAUAAUAUUAGAUGAUGGGAAGGUACAUACAUUAUACAAGAUGCAGUUGAGCUAGAGUAGUUUGUUGAAAUUCCUUGUACUAACAUCUUUAGUUUUCUACCAUUGAGUAGCAUUACUUUAAUAUCUUAUUUUCGUGCAUUCCACAAAACUUACUUCAAAUUGCGUAAUGCUUGGACUAAAAAAAAUUUACAAUAAAAAAUGAAACACAAUAUGUUUAUCGAUGAAUUUCAAUCAGAUUAGUAAUGUGUAAAUAAAACUAUAUAAUAGAUGUAUUAUUAUACAUAUAAAACAUAAGAUAUAUAUAGAGAGAGAAAAUAUGAUAUUGAUAUCUACAGCAAGAAAUUGUUUGACUUGCCUUUCAAACAGUACAAGAGUUACAUGAUCCUGUCCAGAAAUGAUAUCCAGAUUUGGCAUGUAAUGUUCAAUACAUAUAAAUGAUGUUUUUUAAAGGGUGCGUACUUUUUCACAUGCAUAGUGCCUUCCACGAAUUUAUCUUUAUAUCUACAAAUUUUUGACUCGCGCUUCUUUCAUCGAUCUUCAUACGACGCCAAAAUUAUUUAUUCACCUAAAUAUAUUUUAUCAUGGUUUAAUAUGCAAACAAUUUUUAAAUCUUGGUCAAUUAUGUGUAAUGAUGUAGAUCUUUUUAAUGGCAGCUUACAGAAUAAAGUAUUUUAUUGUAUAAUAGGCUUGCUCAUCUUAUUUCAGGCCUUUGAAUUUCUUUCAUAUUGUGCUAGGCGAAUUCAGUGGAAAAUGUUCUGAAAUUUCACGUGAUUAUUUCAUAUAUUUUUACGUUCAUACUCUAUUGCAGCAAAUUGCUGGCAGUGGUUAAAACUAUCUUGUCAGACUGAAUAGUGAAGUGGUACAUAAAUAAUACAGAUAAUGUCAUUUACUUUUGCUCUAGUUUUUAUUAUUUGUAAUCUAAUACAGAGAAGUUUAAUAUUGUAAAAGUUUAUGUAUGGUGUGAAACCUGACCUAUUAUUUCCACAGUGUGAAUAAUGAAGAUGGGUAUAUAAAUUUUCCAAUUAUCAAGUGUUUCCUCAAUUUUUAUCGAACUCCCUUCGUUUUUCAUAAUAAAGACAAAGCAUGAAGCUAUUUUUGCAAUAGAGGUAAUUAUAUAAGUCUUAUAUUUACAGUGAUAUUAGAACUGAUGCCAAUAUUAAUCUUCUUCUGGCCACGGUUUGCCAAUGCCCUGCGUUGCUCCCAUCCUUGAAGGGUCUUGACUUGGAUAAUGAAUUGGUGUAGU